GCAUCUCCUAAAAAAAAUACGUUGUAAAAAAUAUAUUAUAUUUUAUAUAAAGAGCAAUCACUACAAAUAAGAUUAUCUAUAAACAACACAUUUUUUACAAGCAUGAGUCAAGUAGGUGUAAUAAUGUGUGAGUAAUGAUGUCAGUUUAAAAGGAUAUAAACAGUAAUGUGUGUGUUAUACCCCUUCUCCAACAUAUAUAUAUAUACACAUAUAUGUAUAUACACACAUAUAUAUAUAUAUCUCUGAUCCAGCACUAGGAACAUUUACAUUAGUGAAAGAAAGUGUUGGAGGAAACAUUCAGAGAAAUAUCAAAGUCAGUCAAACGUAGACCAUCUACUGGUUAACAUGGUUGAUCAUCUAAGUAGAUCUUAUCUAUAAUAAAUAUUGCAUUACUUUUACAAACUCUAGAACAUGAAGACUUUAAUGAAAGAAUCUAAGUUUUUUAAAUACUCGAUAAAAAAGUGUAGGCAAAGAAAUGAAAUAAAUUUAGUGAAUCAAUUAAAGAAUCAGUGAGAAAAUGUAUGCGUUUCUUCAUGCAAAUUGUGUGAUAAAAAUAUAAAAGUCAAGUAUUAAACAGUGCAAAACUGAAGUAUUAAAAAGGAAUUGGUACAAUAUCAAUAAAACAUGUUUUAUCCACAGAGAAUAAUAAGACAAAUUUCAGAAAUUUCCUAUGUGGGAAGUUUCAAACUGAUCAGGAUGGCGACUAAUCAGGAAGGAGAGACCGGGAUAACUAUUCCUUUACAAUUUAACGAUACGCAUUGGAAAUCUAUCUUUGAAAAAUAUGACCUAGAUGGAGAUGGAAAAAUCUCGUAUCAAGAAUUGAAAGCUAUGAUACGAGCUUCCGCUUAUUCCAAUGAUAUUCCCGCUAAUGUUGUCCGUAUAAUAAUGCGUAAAGCAGAUUUAGACGAUUCGGGGUAUUUAGAAUACCCAGAAUUCAUUGCUAUGAUUCAUAGGAAAGAUAUGCAAGGAGUAUUUGGUCAUCUUGUACAACGUUAUGUACACUCUAUGGUGCCUCAAAGACCAACCGCUGCACAAUAUUCUACUCAAACUUCCAGCGAUUUUCCUGAUGGGCAAUAUGAAGAAGAAUAUAGUUGUAGACCACCUGCUGUGGCAAUGAUAAUCAUAUCGAUGUUAGAGAUUAUUUUAUUUUUAUACGACGUAGUUGAACAUAAAUCUCUUUCCAUGGAUGGACCAGCAGCAACUUUAUUUAUUUACGAUCCUCACAAAAGAUACCAAGCAUGGAGGUAUUUGACAUAUAUGUUUGUUCAUGUUGGAGUUCUCCAUUUGGUGGUUAACUUAUUGGUGCAAAUUAUGCUGGGCAUACCUUUGGAAAUGGUUCAUAAAUGGUGGAGAGUAUUAAUUAUAUACAUAGCAGGAGUGAUAGCUGGAUCUCUUGGAACUUCGGUUUCAGAUCCUACUGUUUAUUUAGCAGGAGCAUCCGGUGGUGUGUAUGCAUUAAUCACCGCGCAUGUAGCAACGAUAUUGAUGAAUUGGUCAGAAAUGGAAUUUGCCGUCCUUCAAUUAUUAGUGUUCCUUGUUGUAACUACAGUUGACGUAGGUCAAGCAAUAUAUAGUCGUUACGUUGAAGUAGAAUCCAACAAUCAGAUUGGGUACGUAGCUCAUUUGGCUGGAGCUGUAGCUGGACUUCUUGUUGGUAUAAACGUGCUUCGUAAUCUGGAAGUAAAAACUUGGGAAAAAGUCGUUUGGUGGGCUAGUAUUAUUACAUAUACAAUUCUUAUGACAGCAGCUAUUUUGUGGAAUAUUUUAUAUCCAUCGUAUUAUGGAAGAGUAUAAAAAUAGAGUAAUGCCUUUUAUAUGAUACGACUAUUGUAAUAUUUCAAUUGAGAUGGUUAAAAAAUGUGACUAAUCAAGAAUCAGUACAAAGUAAGUGCAUAUACUGCAUAGAAAAAAAUUCCUUUCUAUGUGGAAUUUCAUGCAAGAAAUAUUUUAUAAUUUAACUAUUAAACUGUUCAUGUUUGAAGUUAAUCGAUUACGACAUCUGAGAGAAACACAAACAUACUUAUGAACAAAAUUAAUUUGCUUUAAUGACUUAUUGUAUUGUGGUUUUAUAUAUAUAUAUAUAUAUAUAUAUAUAUAUAUAUAUAUA